AUGGAAGUAAUUCUUGGUGCAUUUGUUACUGUGUUGUUUGAAAAGCUGGCAUCUGCUGACUUGAUCAGGCUAGCUCGAUCAGCAGGUAUCUAUUCUGAACUCAACAAAUGGAACGGUAAAUUGUUGCAGAUCCAAGCUGUCCUUGUUGAUGCAGGCCACAAGCACUUAAGACAGACAUCUGUUCAGUUGUGGCUUAACAAGCUCCAACAUUUGGCCUAUGAAAUUGAUGAUGUACUCGAUGACUUGAGCACUGAAGCUGCACGACGCCAGAUGAAUGAAGCCAGUACCUGCACUACUAAGGUAUUGAACAUCAUUCCAACCAAAGUUCAUGCUUUUAAAUAUGGCCGUAAGAUGGGUUUUAAGCUGGAUGAGAUUACAUCCAAAAUGCAUGCUCUUGUUGAGGAGAAAAAUAUGUUGGGUUUGAUUGAUAAUGUUCAGAGAUCAGAUAGAAAACGAACUGAAGAAACUUCACUGGUUGAUAUACCCAGUGUAGUGGGUCGGGAAGGGGAUAAAGAGCUAUUGCUGGGGAUUGGCAAAACUACUCUUGCUCAAGUUUUGUACAAUGAAAAGAAAGUGAAAGAUCACUUUGAACUUAAGUCAUGGGUUUGUGUUUCUGAUGAGUUCGAUGUGUUUAGUAUUAGUAUGGCUAUUUUUAUAGAUGUUGGUGGGGUAGUCACGACUUUUAAAUCUCUAAAUCAGCUUCAAGUGGCGCUUUCAGAAAAACUCUCCAAUAAAAGGUUCCUGCUCGUUCUAGACGAUGUCUGGAAUGAAGACAAAACUCAGUGGGAACUCCUCCAACGCCCUUUUUGUGUUGGGGCACCUGGAAGUAAAAUUAUUGUCACAACACGGAAGAAUAAGGUUGCAACAGUUGUAGACUCCACUCAAGCUUACCCUUUAGAGAUUUUGUCAAGUGAGAAAGCUUUAUGUUUGCUUGCUCAAAAUGCCUUCGGUGAACUGAACUUUGAUUUACAUCCAACAUUUAGAUUGCAUGGUGAAGGUAUCGUGAAUAAAUGUGGAAGACUGCCUUUGGCUUUAAUAACAAUUGGAAGGGUGUUGAGAUCAAAAACAAACUAUGAAGAAUGGGAGGACUUGUUGAAUUGUGAGAUUUGGAAUAUACUCAAUGAAGGUAAUAUUCUUCCGGCCCUAAGGCUAAGCUACUAUGAUCUCCCUCCACAUCUGAAGCAAAUGUUUGCUUAUUGCUGCUUAUUCCCCAAAGAUUACAUGUUUGACACGGAUGAACUUGUCCUGCUUUGGAUGGCAGAAGGGUUCUUGCACAAGUCAAAUGGUGACAUUUCAAUGGAGAAGUAUGGCCAUCAGUGCUUUAGAGAGCUAGAGUCAAGGUCGUUUUUCCAGCAUUCAACUAGUGAUAAAUCACGAUACACAAUGCAUGACCUCAUUAGUGACUUGGCAAUGAAUGUUGCUGGAGAGUUUUUUUAUAUUUUAGGUGAUAAGAUGGACGUUGACGAGGGAAUGGAAGUUUUGGAGAAGUUCCACCACUUUUCUUUUGUUCGUCAACGAUAUGGACUAUACAAAACGUUCAAGGCAUUACAGAGGGCUUAA